CAUCCACCCCUGGGGGGGGGGGGGUAAAGCGGAGGAAACUUCACAACACUUGGUGCGUGCGUGAGCGCCGCGUCUAUCCAAGUGGCCGGAGAGUCCGAGUUAGUUUUGGAACUUUCACUCAGGCUUCAUAUCCUGAAGAGUUUGUCUCUUCUAGUGUUUGAGUCUAGUGUUUGAUUCAGUUCAGUUCAGUUCAGUCCUACUCGAACCAUGACAGAGCGCGUGUUUGGUGCGUGUGUGCGUAAUUGCGCAGGCGUGCGUCAGCGCGUCUGUCCAAGUGGCCGGAAAGUCAGAGUUAGUUUUGGAACUUUCACUCAGGCUUCAUAUCCUGAAGCUUUUGUCUCUUUAGCGACGAGGUUCUUCUGUAGACGGACCGGUUCGGUUUACUUCAGUCCACCGGGUCUUUUCCGGACCCUAACCCGUCCGAGUCGCCUCAAAACGCGGCCGGAGCGUGUGGUGGUUCAGGUCAGCCCUGCAGCCACCGCCGUGCCCCCCCCCCCCUUCCCCCUCCCUCCUUCCGCCGGUCUGGACCCCCUCCUCAGACCAGAACCCCUUCAGUCCAAACACUCUCAGUCCCCCAGACCCGCCUGGUCCUCCAGUCCCACGCGGCGGAACAAACCCGGACCGGACGCUCCUUCCUCCGCCCUCAUGGUUCCCACUGGUGCUGCGUCCAGUUCAGCCAAAGAACUGAAGAAGUUUAACAACAAACCAAAAAAAACUGCCCUGGUUCAGGAUCUGCUGGUGCCUCCAGUCCAAGCCCAGCUGGAACAGAAGCCUCACCGGUACCGACGGCUGGAGGUCCGGUCCGUUUGUUCCACGUCUGUGAAUGAGUUCAGUCCAAAACAGCUCCAGGCUGUCUGCGUUUCUGCCAUGAGACUUGAAAUCGAGAAAAAAACAGCUGGGUAUAACAUUAUCCCGACUCCAAAAUCAAGGACCGCCCAUCGUACAGAAAAGCUCUACUCUGAUUGGCUGCCACUCCUGUCUGUGUUCCAAAGCUGUCUUCUGAUUGGCUGAGGGGGAAUAUCCGCUGCCCUGCAGUUCCACAUCUUUUUCUCAUGUGCUCAUACAUAUCUGAGCUGAGUUAGUGGAGCUUUAAAGAGCCAGAUACACAUUCAGCGGACACUUUCGGACCAGAUCGCCACAUAUGUUAAUCAACAGUAUACUGUAACUAACUACACACUCUUAUUAUUGUUUUCUUCUUAAGUUUGUGUUCAGAUAUCACAGUGAAACUCUGUACUGUUAAAAACAAGUGAAUGUGAAAAAGGAAAAACAUACAUCAUUUGCAGAGUAUUAAAAGUAUUGUUAUAUCCUGCAAUAAUGAGAAAAAAGUAAAGUCUAUGUGGAACAAAAGCACAUUAAAGAUGUAAUAUUGAAGUUUCAUGGCUCCUGUUGAAACUAAAUCUUA